GGAGUCUAAAGGUGGGGAGGGAGAAGAAAGGGGAGAGGAGGAAAACGGGGAAAGGCAGAUACAACAGAAACGGGGGGAGGACGGUGGAUAAUUUACGCUUUAAAAGUUGCAUUACAACCGAUUAAGGAGUUGCGGCGAAGAGGAAUAAAACAAGAUGAUAACGCCUUACUUCCUAGAGAAUUUCUGGGGGGAAAAAAAUAAUGGCUUUGAUGUGCUCUACCAUAACAUGAAGCAUGGCCAAAUUUCCUCCAAGGAGCUGACAGACUUCAUCAGAGAAAGGAGUACCAUUGAAGAGGCCUACGCCAGGUCAAUGACCAAACUCGCCAAGUCAGCCGGCAACUUUUCUCAGCUUGGGACAUUCGCUCCAGUGUGGGAUGUGUUCAAGACCUCGACAGAGAAGCUGGCCAGCUGUCACAUGGAGCUAGUGAGGAAACUACAGGAACUUAUAAAAGAGGUUCAGAAGUACGUGGAAGAGCAGGCCAAAGCACACAAAAAGACAAAAGAAGAGGUGGCGUCCACCCUGGAGGCCGUCCAGAACAUCCAGACCAUAUCUCAGGCUCUGCAGAAGUCCAAGGAGAAUUACAAUGCCAAAACGCUGGAGCAGGAGCGCCUUCGCAAAGAAGGGGCCACCCAGAGAGAUGUGGACAAGGCUGGAGUGAAAGCCAAAAAAGCCACAGAGACCUACAAGUCCUAUGUGGAGAAAUAUGCCACAGCUAAGUCAGAAUUUGAACAGAAGAUGGCAGAAACUGCACAGAAAUUCCAAGACAUUGAAGAAAGCCACAUCCUCCACAUGAAGGAGAUCAUUCAGUCAUACUCACAGUCUGUCGACGAAACACACGUUCAAAUAGGAGAGCUCCACAACGAAUUUGUGAGGAACAUUGAAAACACCUCAGUGGACAGCCUAAUACAGAAACUGGCUGAGAGCAAAGGAACAGGCAAGGAGAGACCAGGGCCCAUUGAGUUUGAGGAGUGCAAUAUAGCCAUUGCUACUGAAGGCGCUAAACCCAGAAAGCGAAAACCGUUCGGCAUCCCAGGUCGUAGGAAAGACAAAGACACAGACUCCACGGAGUCUACAGAAGUUGAAGCUGCUAACACUGCCAAUGGCGCUCCCCCUGGAUUCUAUGGGACCAUAGACAUCCAGAAUGCUAAUGUUCCCCAAGUUGAUGCAGAGGGCUUCUGUAUCAGACCAGAAGUAAAUGAAAACGAUGCCAAAGAGAAUUCCUUCUAUACGUCCAGCGACUCAGAGGAUGAAGACGAACCCAGGAAGUUCCACGUAGAAAUCAAGCCCGUUCAGCCAAACAACGGCACGCACCAGAACCGAGCCACCAUCGACGAGCUUAAAGCCUCCAUCGGAAACAUCAUCCUGUCGCCCUCAACUUCGGGACAGAUGCGGAGGAACCAGUCCAGGAUCACAGGAGUAUCUACAUUAAGCUCUAAGGCUCAGGGUCCUGGUGAUGAGCUGGCAAAAACCAGAGUGCCAACGUCGUACGAACUGAGUAACAACGACCUCCUGUCUCUGGACCCGUUCAGCCCGACUCUGGCAGCAGGCUCCUCCUCCUCUGUGUCCUCAACAACAGACCUUGCCUCUGUUUUCCUUUCAAUCCCUCCAUCUCCAUCUUUUCUGAUGAAUGACUCAGACGUCUUUCUGCCAGAGGCAUCAGCUGAGACGGUGCUACAACGGGAGCGCUCUCCUCCCUUGGCAGAGAGCCAGCAAUCCAAAGAUGUCUCCUCUUUCUCUUCGUCCACGUCCUCUCCCUGGGACUCGCCAGAAAAUGCUUUCCAAGCACUCAAACCCGUACCAGCUCGGGCCCAGAGCGCCCCCAUCACCCUGCCAACUGAGACAGUUGACCCCAUCAAAAGCCCGGUCACCGCCAGCCCUCCAAAGAGCGUAGACGCCUUCUCCUCCGUGUCCUGGUCCCAGAGCCAGUGGAUCGCUUUCAGCGAUAAUUUUACUCCACCUCGCCGUCAGGGCUCAGGGUCGUGUGUGAAGGACCUCCAGAGGCCUCAGCCUGGCUCCGGCAGGUCAAGUCGCUUCCUCUCUGAUGACUCUGCUGAUGCCUACUGCAAAGCACCAGGCAGCAGAGAGGACGGCAGCUCCUGUUUCCCUGAUGUCUUUGCUGGGAUUACAGAUAGGGCGAUGGCUGCCGCUCCAUCAAGCAAAGUAUUCAAUGUGCCAGUACCGAACCGACCUACGACCCCGCUGACAGCUGGAGCCCUGGUGCCUCCACCACGACCCUCCUCUAGGCCCAAACUUCCCACUGGAAAACUCACGGGAAUCAAUGAGAUCGUUCGGCCAUUCAGCCCACCCAAAACGUCCAGUGCCAGUCCUCCUCCUACAGCACCACUCGCCCGGGCUGAGAGUUCCUCCUCCUUGUCCUCGAACGCCUCACUCAGCGCCGGCAACACCCCUACCGUUGGAGCUGAGCACACCUUUGCUCACCCCCUCUCCUCCCCAGAGCCAGAGCUGCUCUCCCUUUCUCCUUUCUUUCUACUAAGCCAAAAGGAUGAUGUGUUCAUAGCGAAGCUGCCUACCUUUGAGAAGCGGUGUGAAACACCAGCAGGGACGUCUCGCGGUCCCAGCCCUGUGACCCUGGCAUCCCAAGAUGCUUUGCCCAUUGCCGUGGCCUUCACAGAGUCGGUUAAUGCUUACUUCAAAGGAGCUGAUCCCACUAAGUGCAUUGUGAAGAUCACGGGAGACAUGACUCUGUCGUUCCCCAUGGGCAUCAUCAAGGUGUUCACCACCAACCCCUCCCCGGCCGUCCUCACCUUCAAACUGAAGAACACCAGCAGGCUGGAGCAGAUCCUGCCCAACCAACAGCUGUUGUACAGUGAUCCUUCCCAAAGUGACUCGAAUUCCAAGGACUUCUGGUUCAACAUGCAAGCACUGACGUCCUACCUCAGAAAAGCCUCAGAUCAGAAUCCUUCAGCUUCCUAUUAUAAUGUGGACAUCCUAAAAUACCAGGUGCAGUCUGAUGGCAUCCAUUCCACUCCUCUAAACCUGGCCGUGUACUGGAAGUGUACGCCGAGUACAACAGACCUGAGGGUGGAUUACCGCUACAACCCGGAUUCCAUGGCCUCUCCUGGGCCGCUCACCAACGUACAGAUCUUAGUGCCUGUUGACGGAGGAGUGACAAACAUGCAGUCUCUGCCCAACUCUAUAUGGAAUUCAGAGCAGAAUAAGUGUUUGUGGAAACUGAGUGACAUCUCAGAAAAGUCUGAUAAUGAAGGUGCCGGAUCUCUGAGGGCCAAGUUUGAACUGUCAGAUGGCCCGUCAAACCCCUCUACUCUGGCAGUGCAGUUUAUGAAUGAGGGGAGCACCCUGUCCGGAGCGGACAUGGAGCUACAGGGGACUGGAUACAGACUUUCUCUGAGCAAGAAGAGAUUUGUCACAGGACGUUAUAUGGCAGAUUGCUGAGGUGACCCACCACUCUGGUUCUUAAGGAAAAAAACAAAACAAAAUCUCGCUUGACACAAAACUUGGCAACUUUGCCUCCUGAAUCUCUGGAUCCACGUGAGCACAGUCGUGCUUUUUCCCUGGAGGCGAGAAUCUCACUACAAUAAAACAGCACUGAGUAUUGAACACUGUUUAAAAAAAAAAAUAAAAAAAAACUAAGAUGAGCUUUCAGGAACUGUGUAGAUAUGAAGUCUAAUAAUGCUUUCUGAUCAAUUCACUUUUGUAUAGUCAGAAACAAUUUAUGGAUUAGAUAUAAAUCUAUAUUGUAUUUGAAAUCAUAAAAAAAAGAAAAAAGUGCACUAACAAUCUUUCAAAUGCUCUUUUUCCUCUUAUAUUCAUUUUUCAAGAGCCUAUAAGGAAUAUAAAACAAAACCAUUUCUGUGUGGAAGAGAAGAAAAGGUGUCUUCCUCUCUCCCUUCGAACUGUAAAUAUUAACACUGAAUAUUCUGCUCGACCAGCUCUGACUUAACUCUCAAAUCAGUUUUGUUUGCUGAUUGUUCUCGUUUCCUCCUCACAAUUUGUCUUUUUUUUUGACCAUGUGCAAUGAAGCCACGAAGGUAGAAUCUGUCUUAAACAGUAUGAAUCCUCUCUCACGCUGUCGUGAGACAAGCUUGAUCUUUAAAAUAACAUUGAAGUGCUUUCAAACGAAUGCAAAAAAAAAAAGGAAAAAAAAAAUCUGACCUCAGUGCCUCCUCUUAUACUGUGGAUCAACAGGCAACAAAUGUACGUCAAUGUUUUACCCAGAUUUGGGUUUCCAGAUUUAAGCUACAUUUCUCUGUGGUAAAAUGCAUGGAGUUUUUUUUUUUUUUUAAACAAUCACCCCUAAUGGGGUCUGUGAUCAGCGUGGUCUUUUUAAAAUUGAGCUUUUUUUUUCCCUUGUAAAUUCCCCUUUCAGCCCUUUUUAAGCCCUUAAUUUUUACUCUUCAUAAAAGAAAAUUGCUCAGCAAUCUUGACUGUAAAACCUUGUGUCACAUGUUAGAUGCUUUAAAAAAAAAAAAAAAAAAAUCAAGGGACAUUACCCAAAAACUCGCAACCUUUAUUUAAAAACUGGCAGUGUUUUUUAAUCAUACUCGUGCCCUAUUAAUGGAGAAAUGUGCCUGAAUCGAACUUUUCUCUACUUUUUUUGUACACUAAAGCACAGUUAAUGAGAAUAGCACCAACAAUGUGCCAGUUGUGUUUUUUUUUUAAACUCCUUUAUUUGGAUAUUGAAGGGAAAAUGUCUCCUCUUUUUACAAGACAACUGUCUUCCAGAAAUGAAUCAGUCAUGUUUGCCUUCUGUGAUUUUUGCCUUUUUCUAUUCGUUACUCGUCAGUUGACCUCAACCUCUCAUACGCUCACUGUGCAGUAGAUGGUGUUAGUGAAGUAGCACAAUAAGGCCAAAUUAAUGAUUGAAAUGCCUUAUCACAACUACUCUACACUGAGUAAUCCAAUGUUGUUGACUGUGGUUAGAUAUUGUGACACAGUAUUGCCAUUGCCAUUGCCCUGUGAUAGAUUACUGACUCUGUACUGCCUCUCACCCAGUGCAUGCUGGGAAAAGCUUCAGCUUCUUGCUUUUAUAAACAGCACAAGCAGGUAUGGAAAGUGGAAGGGUGGAAAAUUGGUGCUUCAUUCUUUUCUUUUACUAAUCGAAGGGCAGCUGCUGUUGAGGCUGUUGUACUUCUAGAUUAUUUCAUGUUGUGUAGGACAUGUUUUCGUUGACCUCAUCCUUGCGAUGAUCCUUAAAUUGGCUGAUGUGUUGGUAUGUGACGUGUGGAGAUGCAACAGGUUGCCUCGAAGCUGUGAUUGGAUAUCGAUGAAACCUUUUAGGGCAGGAGUUUCAUACACUGUGCAUCAUGUGGCCAACUGACCUCUCAAAUAAGGUUUUAGGAAACAACCUUUCACAUCAGACUUAUGUUUUACUGUAUCCUAUAAAACAUGGCUCAGUGCAGUUUUUAACUGGUUUGCAGGUGAUUUAAACUAAUUUCCAUAUCUGAUUCUUUUAAUGUCUCACCCAGAAACUGGUAGAAACGCAUGAUUCAUUCGAUUUCAGUCCUCAUAUCUGACCAGGGUGAUAGUAUGUAAUCAGCAAUUUGUAAUGUUUUUUAAUGUUUUGUAUGAUUCUUUCAGUACCUGGUUUAAGACUCAAGCCUUUGAUAAUAAUUUAGAGCCAGACACCAACUGUCAGUCGAUCUUAAUAAAAUUAAAGUUUCAGCAUUUGAGGCUGAAACUUUAAUCAGCCAGAUGUUUCAAGGUAGUUGAAAUGAAUGAGUUUACAUUGAAUCCUAAAAUUGUAGCACCAGACAUUUGUACAGCGAGAAAUCAACAUGCCGUUCUGUGUUCUCUCUGAAUUAAUCAGUGGUUUUGGUCAGACAAACCAAAUACAUUUUUUAAAAAAACAAAAAAAACAGAGUACACAGAUUCUGUAAUUAUAGUCAGUAUUAGCAAGCUGGUUCUUGCUGUCCCCACAAAACUUUCCACAAAACAAAAUUUUCAAGGCUCCUUUUUCGGUCACUCUCACUUUCUUUCUUUAUAUGUUCUAUUAAACAGAGUUUAAAAAGAGCAAAAUUGUGUAAAAGAUUCUCAUAAAUUGUACAUUUUUACCAAUAUCUCAGCCACUUUUUGUCUCUACUUUAUGAUUUCUCAUUGUGCCUGUAUUAAAUGUGUAAUAUAUGAAUAUAUACAAAUAUAUGAAAAUGACUACUUUAA